AUGACAGCUACCACAACAUUGGAGCCCGUUUCCAACUAUCAUGGUACUGAUGGUUACACGCCGUUAGUGCCAUCUAUGACUCAGACAGAUUCUCCGCUUUCACGUAUGGUCAGUACAAAAGGUUCGCCAUCAUCAUCGUCAUCGUCAUCGUCAUCGUCCUCAUCGUCAUCCUUAUCCUCAGCUUCGGCUAUACCUUCUACCGAUACGGGACUCCAAGGAAUGGUAGAUUCUCAGAAAUUUACGUCUGGUGCAACCAUAGGUCUAGCAAUUGGUUUACCAGUUGGUGUCUUUUGCCUUGGAUUAGCACUUUUCCUAGGUCUUUCAAGAAUGCGGAAAAGGUUAACGAUUAACAGAAGGAAAUCCGUUGACUCCCCUACGCUACCAAGUGCAGCUAGCGACCAAGGAUGGUUCUCAAGAGCGAUGUACGGAACUGAUAGUCAAUAUGGUCAAGAGUAUGCUUACGAGAAAUCGCUACCUUUUGCAGACUCAUCAACAAUUCAGUAUAAGGUCUCAAAAUCAAGACCACAACACAUAUUGACUCCCAAGGCGCCCAGGUUACGAGAUGAUUCCACUUCAUUAGAAGGUAUGAGUAUCAGAGAUGAUGUAGAUGCUUUACUAUAUUCAAAACCGCCCAACAUAUACCACAUUCAAUCUGAAAUGCCUUCUACUAGUAAUCUACCAGGUGAAAAAUUGGGACUAUCGGUAAAUUCACCAAGCAAGAGGCCCAAACCAGCGGAAUUAGAAUUACCACUGCAGAAAUGGCAUUAUGAAUCGCCCCUAUCGAGUUGGUUUUUAAGAAAUUCCACGUAUUUUGUUGGUGACGAAGUCGACGCUGCUCCUGAUGGUGCCGCCAACGCAGGUACCAUCUUAACACCAACUGUACAACUAAAACAAUUGAAGAUUCUUUCGAGAAUCAAUAAAGACUAUGCAGAUGGAUCUCAAUUAAUGGAAGAUGAAAAAUCACCCAUCUUAGAAAAAUCUGAACCUAAUUCUCAAGAUGAAGAAGAAUCAGGAACCAACGGUAUAGGACCAUCAUCAGGGUUUUAUGGUGCGGUUGUUUCAGAUACCAGAAGUAAAAAUCCAUUUGAGCAUCCUUAUGAUAACAAGAAAGAAGAACGUAGGGGUAGAAGAGAAAGUAUGUUGGGACAUCAUCUGCAGGAGGUUACCGACAAGAAGCCUUUACCGCUAACACCAGGAAAAGACCUUAAAAGAAAUUCUGGCGAGAGGUUCCAGAUGGGUCACGUCUAUAAAGUAGUACAAAACUACAAAGCUAUGCUUGCCGAUGAGAUUGAUAUUCAAAUUGGUGAAUUCACCUUAAUUUUAGCAACACAUACUGAUGGUUGGUGCCUUGUAGAGAAAUGUACGAUGGAUGGAACUUCAAAAAGUUAUCUCAAGACGGGGCAAAAGGCAUCGGACGCCAACGAUCGAGGCUAUCUGAACAGUGAUAGAGGAAUUAUACCUGGAGAUUGCUUAGACGAUAUAUGA